UGGAAGGUGUGUUUGCAUUUGACUAUUUGAGUGUUUGAACUCCAGGUGCUUGCUUAUAGUGCAGUGAUCAAAUUUGGUAGUGAUACAGUGAAGGGGUACUGAUUUAAUCAUGAUUCUGGAUAAAAUAGCAGGGUGCUUGGUGGUUCUCGUUUUAGGAAUUAGUCAAAUAGAUGCUUUGAUGUGCUGGUCAUGUUCAUCUGAUCUGGAUAUAAGAUGCCACGACCACUUCAACACAACAAAAUUCGACAGAUUUUAUAACCAACAGACUGGUGGUAACUACCAAAGUGGAGGCUACAACACAAACUACCAACAAAAUUACCAAGGAAGAAACAACUACAACCAGGGUUACAACCAAGGCUAUCAAAACAACCCUUAUCAAAGCAGGCCCACUGUUCCAUACGUGAAAACUUGUACAUUCAGCUCUUAUGGCGAUAAAAAAACAGUGUGCAUGAAAAAAGUAUCAACAUCAAACGACCAGAGAACUUUGACCAUCAGGGACUGCGUUACCAUCCCCAAUAGUCAAUCUGUUGGCAAAUGCCCAUCCGAAUCGAAUUCUUAUAUCCAAGUUGAUUUUUGUGAAUAUUGUGAUACAGAUGGUUGCAACUCUGGAAGCUCUUUGCAGGUUAAUGUAGCUGUUGCAGCUUUAUCUUUCAUUGCCAUUUUUUGUUUGAGGCAAUGAAAUUGAAACUUUAUUUAAGAUUAAUGAAAUAAAAAAAAGAGAUACUUAUACAGUUAUGAAUCGAUGUUUGAAUAUUAUAGAAAGUGAUGUACAAAUAAUGCAGGUAUUGUAGUUGUGAAGAUUUUGUAUAAUAAGAUAUAUAUUUUUUGUUUUAAUAUUCUAUUCCUUGUUUUCAUUUAUAUAUUUAAUUCUAUGCUAAUAUGUAGAUAAUUCUUUUAAAUCCGAAAAAUAAUUGUUAGAAGACAUAAAAGGUUUGAACUCACUCAGGAAAAUUUUAAUGAAUUUAUGACGUUAUUUAUGUAAAAAAUUGUAUGUUCAUAUAAUAAAUUUCCAUGUGUAAUAUAUGGUAAAAAUUUAGAA